AUGGCAAGAAAAAGCAGAGCUGCUAUUCUACCUACAAAUAUCAUCUUACUACAGAAUUUGGUAAAGAGAGAUCCAGAAUCUUAUAAGGAAGAAUUUUUACAGCAAUAUACUCAUUAUACUUCAUUGCGUGAUAUAUUCUUAUUGGAGGUGGAGUACUCCACAAAUGCCGUUGAUAUAGCCAUUACUGAUAAUUCUAAUAAUUUGAGUUCCAAUUCUAAUUCUGAAACUGUUUCUCAGUUUGUUGAAUUAAUAGGGUUUCUCAGUAGUGUAUGUCAAUGCUAUCCAAAAGAAGCGAGUAAUUUCCCAGUGGAAUUAAAACAGUUAUUAUUGGAGCAUCAUCAAAUUUUACCCUUUGAAAUCAAAGAAAAAUGUAUUCAGUGCUUGACUAUGAUGAGAAACAAGAAUUUUAUUACUCCAGAUUUCCUUAUCCAAGUAUUCUUCCCGUUGUUAGUGUCUACGAAUGGUAACAUUAGUAGUGCUUCUGCCUCUGACAGUGCUAGUAGCAUUGCGAACAGCCAUUCCAAAUUGAUUAGGGAAAUGAUUUACAAAAACUUGGUGCAAUUGUUGAAGAAUUGUAAUGUACAUAAGAAGAACCAGAAAUUGAAUAAGACGACACAAGCCAUGUGUUUCAAUUUGUUGGAAACCAGCAGCAACGAUACCAGUAACAGUGGUAUUUGGGCAUGUAGAUUAACUCGGGAAUUGUGGAAGCGUGGUAUUUGGGAUGAUUCAAGAACAGUAGAAAUCAUGACUAUGGCGUCUUUGAAUGAACAUGAUGUCAAAAUUGUCAUGAGUGGUGUUUUAUUUUUUCUUGAUGCCGAUAAAGAAAGAGAUGCUACCAAUAAUGAAGAUGAAAAUGGCGAUGAUAGUGACAGCGAAAAUUUAGAAGCUUUGAAGCAUAGACUAAAUAUUAAUAAGAAGACGGGGAAAAGAGCUAAGAAACUAACACAAGCCGUUAAAACCAUGAAAAAGAAAUCAAGAAAUAUGGGGACAAAUAAGUAUGCACAGUAUCUAAAUUUCAGUGCCCUUCAUUUAUUGAGAGAUCCUCAAGGGUUUGCAGAAAUGUUGUUUAAGAAAACUUUGUUGAGUCACAACCAAAAUAAAUUUAAAUUGGAGCAGAAAAUAUCUAUUUUACAAUUAUUAAGUAGAUUGAUAGGUACACAUAAACUAAUGGUAUUAAAUAUAUACACUUAUUUUUUGAAAUAUUUAACGCCUAAACAAUUGAAUGUUACAUUGAUAAUGGCGGCAGCAGCACAGUCAUGUCAUGAUAUGGUUCCACCAGAAAACAUUCAUGUAAUGGUUAGAAAGAUAGCAGAUGAGUUUGUUAGUGAAGGUGUUUCUAGUGAAGUUGCCUCUGCUGGUUUAAAUACUAUUAGGGAAAUAUGUUCGAGAGCGCCUUUAUCCAUUUUAAAUAGUGAUAGCGACAAUGAGUCUGCUUUGUUACAAGACUUGACAGAGUAUAAAGGCAGUAAGAGCAAAGCAGUUGCCAUGGCUGCUAAGUCCUUAAUUUCGUUAUAUAGAGAGAUUGCGCCCGAAUUGUUAAAGAGAAAAGAUAGAGGGAAAGUUAUUAGUAUGGAAUUGCAAGAAGAAAAAAAGAGAAAUAAGAAUAAUAAGAAGAAAGAUAGUGACGGUACUAACGACAAUGAUGAUGGUGAUAAUAAACAAAUGAAGAAGAAAAAUAUGCCACAAUUUGGUAUUGAAUUGGGUACAGUAAAUAAAAUCGAAGGUUUAGAGUUAUUGGCCAAAUGGCAGAAUGAGAACACUAAUGAUGUACAACAAGAAGUUGAAAAUGAUGAUUCUAACUGGGAAGUCGUUGAAAAUGAUUCUAUUGAUAGUUCGGAUGAUGAUGAUGAAGAUGGAUGGAUCAAUGUCGAUGCUGAUCAAGAAGAAAUUGAAAUAGAAAUGAGUGAAGAGGAAGGGAGCGAAAAAGGAGAGAAAAAGGAGGAAAGCAUCAAUGAUCUAGUCUCUACACGUAUAUUAACACCAGCUGAUUUUGCCAAAUUACAAGAAUUGAAAACAGAACAAGGUAUACGUAAAAUAAUGGGUAUGAAUAGAGAAAAUGAAGAUGAGGUUGAUAGCACUGCUUUAGUGGGACCAGUUAAAUACAAACAAUUGAGAGAAGAAAAAUUGGCUAAAGUUAUGGAAGGUAGAGAAGGUAGAGAGAAAUAUGGAUCGAGAAAGGGGAAAAGAGAAAACCAACGCUCUACAACUAAUAGAGAGAAAGAGCGUAAAAAGAAUUUUGUUAUGAUGAUCCAUAAGAGAUCUGUGCAGGGGAAAAGAAAAAUGUCUUUGAGAGAUCGCCAGAAGGUGUUGAAGGCACAUAUUACUAAACAGAAGAAAAAAGGGCAUUGA